AGGCGAUCCCACAGUUAGUAUCGAACUUCGAAGAACGUCAGUUGUCAGUGUUAUAUCAGAUACAGGAGAAUUGUGUAAAAGUCAACCUUACCACACCCCUGUGGCCAUUUUGGACACUAGAGAGUUGUCUAUAAACGUCGGACAAUAAGCAUUUCGUUCAAAAUGGAUCAAAUCACGCCAAAAGAAGUGAAAAUUUUGGAAAAUCCCGAGGAUAUUCAAGAAAGAAGAGACCAAGUCCUCAGCCGAUAUGCAAAUUUUAAAGCGGAAGCUAGGAAUAAAAGGGAUAAACUUGAGGACUCCCGUCGCUUUCAAUAUUUUAAGCGAGAUGCGGACGAACUCGAAGGAUGGAUUUUCGAAAAACUGCAAGCUGCUUCAGAUGAAAGCUAUAAGGAUCCUACAAACCUACAAGCAAAGAUACAGAAACAUCAAGCCUUUGAAGCAGAAGUUGCAGCUCAUUCUAAUGCCAUAGUAUCAUUAGAUAAUACAGGGACAGAGAUGAUAGCACAACAUCACUUUGCAAGUGACGUCAUUCGUAAGAGAUUAGUGGAUCUUCACCAUUUAUGGGAGUUGUUACUCUCUAGAUUGGCAGACAAAGGUCUCAAAUUACAACAAGCUUUGGUGCUUGUACAGUUUAUUCGACACUGUGACGAAGUAAUGUUCUGGAUCCAUGAUAAAGAAGCAUUUGUGACAACUGACGAAUUUGGUCAUGAUUUGGAACAUGUUGAAGUACUCCAAAGAAAAUUUGAUGAAUUUCAGAAGGAUAUGGCUAGUCAGGAAUAUAGAGUAACAGAAGUAAACGAAUUAGCAGAUAAACUUCUUCUAGAUGGACAUCCUGAACGCGAUACAAUUCUACGUAAAAAAGAAGAACUUAAUGAAUCAUGGCAAAGAUUAAAGCAGCUUGCCGUUUUGAGACAAGAAAAACUCUUUGGCGCGCACGAAAUUCAAAGAUAUAACCGAGAUGCUGACGAAACAAUGGCUUGGAUCGCUGAAAAAUAUGUUGUUUUAUCAUCGGACGAUUUUGGGCGUGAUCUCGCAAGUGUACAGACUUUACAAAGGAAACACGAAUGCAUAGAACGAGAUUUGGCAGCUUUAGAUGAUAAAGUUUUUACAUUAGGCACUGAAGCAAAUCGUCUUACAGGCAUUCAUCAAGCAGACCACUGUAAACAAAUUCAAGCUAAAUAUGAAGAGAUCAUGCAAUCAUGGGAAAGCUUAAAAGCAAAAGUGAUAGAGCGACAUAUAAAUCUCGAAAACUCUUACUCUACACACAAAUUCUUUGCUGACUACAGAGACUUGGUUUCUUGGAUGAACGACAUGCGUGCAAUUAUAUCGGCAGAUGAACUAGCUAAAGAUGUAGCUGGCGCUGAAGCUCUUGUUGAGAGACAUCAGGAGCAUAAAGGAGAAAUUGAUGCCAGAGCUGACAGUUUUGGUUUUCUUAACUCACUUGGCCGUAAACUACUAGAAAAGAAACAUGAAGCCUCAGAAGAAAUAGCCAAAAAAUUGGAUUCUCUUGCCGAGGAUAAACAGUCUCUUUUGAGCCUUUGGGAAAAGAGAAAAAUCCUAUAUGAACAAUGCAUGGACUUGCAAUUAUUCUAUCGAGAUACGGAACAAGCGGAUGCAUGGAUGGCUAAGCAGGAAGCAUUCUUAGCAAAUGAAGACCUUGGAGAUUCUCUCGACAGCGUGGAGGCUCUUAUAAAAAAACACGAAGAUUUCGACAAAUCUUUAGCUGCGCAGGAGGAAAAGAUCAAGAUACUGGAUGACUUUGCGGGUAAAUUGAUAGAAGGAGAGCAUUAUGCAGCAGACGACGUGGCACAAAGACGUCAGCUUUUAUUAGAGAGACGUGCGUUUCUUCUUGAGAAAUCGGCUCAAAGAAGACGCCGUUUAGAGGACGCAUACAAACUACAACAAUUUGAACGUGAUUGCGAUGAAACAAAAGGUUGGGUAAAUGAAAAACUCAAAUUCGCUACCGACGACAGCUAUUUGGAUCCUACUAACUUAAACGGAAAAGUGCAGAAACAUCAAAACUUCGAGCAAGAGUUAAAUGCUAACAGGACUCGUAUGGAAGAAAUGGUAGCCACUGGUCAAGAAUUAAUCGGAAGUGGCCACUAUGCUAGCGACAGAAUUCGUACUCGUACCGAUGAAAUCAUGUGCUUGUGGGAAAGUCUUACUCACGCUACAGAAAAGAAAGGAGCCAAACUACAAGAAGCCUCCCAGCAACAACAAUUUAACCGUACCGUGGAGGAUAUCGAGUUAUGGUUGUCAGAAGUAGAAGGACAAUUGAUGUCUGAAGAUUAUGGUAAAGAUUUAACUAGUGUGCAAAAUCUUCAGAAAAAGCAUGCUCUUUUGGAAGCCGACGUCGCGUCCCAUUCUGAUAGAAUCGAUAACAUUGCUCAAGCUGCUGAUCAGUUCGUAAAAUCGGGUCAUUUCGAUGCCGAUAACAUCAAGGCUAAGCAAGAACAAUUACAAGGCCGAUAUGCUGCUCUUCAGCAACCUAUGAGCAUUCGCAAGCAACGACUUCUCGAUUCUCUACAAGUACAGCAACUAUUUAGAGAUAUAGAAGACGAGGAAGCCUGGAUUCGUGAGAAGGAACCAGUUGCAGCGUCCACCAACCGUGGCCGUGAUCUCAUUGGUGUACAGAAUUUACAGAAAAAGCAUCAGGCUGUUUUGGCAGAGAUAAAUAACCAUGAACCACGCGUAGCUGCUGUCUGUCAGACAGGUGCAUCAAUGUUGCAAGAAAGUCAUUUCGCCGCAGAGGAAAUUAGCCAACGAUUGGCUGCAUUGGAUGAACAUUGGGGGCAGCUAAAAGAGAAAGCCAGACAGCGCAAAAAUGACCUAGAUGACUCCCUCCAGGCUCAUCAGUAUUUUGCUGACGCCAACGAAGCUGAAUCCUGGAUGAAGGAGAAGCGACCCAUAGUCAUGAAUGCUGACUACGGAAAGGACGAAGACAGUUCUGAGGCUCUCUUGAAAAAACACGAGGCCUUAGUCAGUGAUUUGGAGGCAUUUGCAAGUACCAUAGCCGCGCUUAGAGAACAGGCUGCCUCUUGCCGUCAGCAGGAAACUCCGACUGUUGAUAUUACUGGCAAAGAGUGUGUAGUGGCACUUUAUGAUUAUGCAGAGAAAUCUCCGAGAGAAGUUUCCAUGAAAAAGGGCGACACGUUGACUCUACUAAACUCUAACAACAAAGAUUGGUGGAAGGUAGAAGUAAACGAUCGUCAAGGUUUCGUACCAGCUGCAUAUGUGAAGAGAGUUGAACCUGAGGCAGGACUAAGCGCUUCUCAGCAGAAUCUGGCCAGAGAACAAAGUUCUAUCGCCGCUAGACAAGCUCAAAUUGAGGGUCAAUAUGAUGAUCUUUUGAGACUUGCACGUGAAAGACAAAACAAGCUUAAUGAAACAGCUAAAGCUUAUGUGCUUGUCAGAGAAGCUGCGGAACUAGCUACUUGGAUCAAGGACAAAGAGAAUCAUGCUCAAGUUCAGGACGUUGGCGAGGAUCUAGAACAAGUAGAGGUGAUGCAGAAAAAAUUCGAUGAUUUUCAAGCAGACUUAAAAGCCAACGAAGUUCGUUUGGCCGAGAUGAAUGAAAUUGCCGUACAGCUGAUGAGUCUUGGACAGACGGAAGCAGCUCUGAAGAUACAGACACAAAUACAGGAUCUUAACGAGAAAUGGACCAGCUUACAAACUCUCACAGCAGAACGUGCCAAUCAGCUCGGUUCUGCUCACGAAGUUCAACGAUUCCAUCGUGAUGUUGAUGAGACUAAGGAUUGGAUUCGAGAGAAAGAUGCCGCGUUGAACAACGAUGACCUUGGAAAAGAUCUGCGUAGCGUACAGGCUUUGCAACGCAAACACGAAGGUUUGGAAAGAGACUUAGCUGCUUUGGGAGAUAAAAUAAAGCAGCUGGAUGAAACAGCUAAUCGUCUCAUGCAAUCCCACCCUGAAACUGCUGAACAAACCUAUGCCAAGCAAAAGGAAAUCAACGAAGAAUGGACUCAGUUAACAGCUAAAGCUAAUAGCAGAAAAGAGAAGUUGCUGGAUUCUUAUGAUCUACAACGCUUCCUCAGCGAUUACAGAGACUUGAUGGCUUGGAUAAAUUCGAUGAUGGGUCUAGUUGCUUCAGAGGAACUGGCUUCCGAUGUGACCGGUGCAGAAGCUCUUCUCGAACGACAUCAGAAUCACAGAGCAGAGAUAGACGCACGAUACGGCAUACUUCCAGAGGAGCAUCGUAUGGAAAUCGACGCCAGAGCAGGCACAUUCCAAGCAUUCGAACUUUUUGGUCAGCAACUUUUGCAAUCCAGUCACUAUGCCAGUGUCGAGAUCCAGGAAAAACUUGAAUCCAUGGCUGAAGCACGUCAAGAGCUAGAGAAGGCUUGGAUCCAACGGCGCAUGCAGCUAGAUCAAAAUUUGGAACUACAAUUGUUUUGUAGAGAUUGCGAGCAAGCCGAGAAUUGGAUGAGCGCACGUGAAGCUUUUUUAAGCAGUGCAGACACUGUCGAUAGUAGCGAUAACGUAGAAGCUCUGAUCAAGAAACACGAGGACUUUGACAAAGCCAUCAACGCGCACGAGGAAAAGAUUGCCACAUUGCAAAUUUUGGCUGACCAACUGAUUGCUGCUGAACAUUAUGCUGCAAAACCAAUUAAUGAGAGACGUUGCCAAGUUCUAGAUCGGUGGAAGCAUUUGAAGGACGCUCUUAUUGAGAAACGUUCCAAAUUGGGAGAGUCUCAAACUUUACAACAAUUUUCCCGAGAUGCCGAUGAAAUGGAGAAUUGGAUCGCUGAAAAAUUGCAGUUGGCUACUGAGGAGAAUUACAAGGAUCCAGCUAACAUUCAAUCAAAGCAUCAGAAACACCAGGCAUUUGAAGCUGAAUUGGCAGCAAAUGCAGACAGAAUUCAAUCUGUAUUAGCCAUGGGAGGGAAUUUAAUCGAGAAACAUCAGUGUGCUGGAUCUGAAGAUGCUGUUCAAAAGAGGCUUGCUUCGAUCGCCGAUCAGUGGGAGUAUCUUACUCAGAAGACCACGGAGAAAUCGAUGAAACUGAAAGAAGCCAACAAACAGCGUACCUACAUCGCUGCUGUUAAAGACCUCGAUUUCUGGCUUGGUGAAGUGGAGAGUUUGCUUACGUCUGAGGAUGCUGGCAAAGAUUUAGCUUCUGUACAAAAUCUGAUGAAGAAGCAUCAAUUGGUUGAGGCUGAUAUCCAGGCACAUGAAGAAAGGAUUAAGGACAUGAAUGGACAGGCAGAUUCACUGAUUGAAAGUGGACAAUUUGAUGCAGCUGGUAUUCAAGAAAAACGUCAGAGCAUAAAUGAGCGCUAUGAGAGAAUUCGCAACCUUGCUGCACACAGACAGGCUAGAUUAAAUGAAGCAAAUACUUUGCAUCAAUUUUUCAGGGAUAUUGCCGACGAAGAAUCUUGGAUUAAGGAGAAAAAAUUAUUAGUCGGGUCAGACGAUUAUGGCCGUGAUCUUACUGGCGUACAAAACUUGAAGAAGAAGCAUAAAAGAUUAGAAGCAGAAUUAGGUAGUCACGAGCCUGCUAUACAAGCUGUUCAAGAAGCGGGAGAAAAAUUAAUGGACGUUUCUAAUCUGGGAGUACCUGAAAUUGAACAACGUCUAAAACUCCUCAAUCAUGCAUGGGCUGAAUUGAAACAACUGGCUGCCAAUAGAGGACAAAAACUGGACGAGUCUUUGACUUAUCAACAAUUCUUAGCUAAAGUCGAGGAAGAAGAAGCUUGGAUUACAGAAAAACAACAAUUACUUUCAGUAGAAGAUUAUGGCGACACAAUGGCUGCUGUACAAGGAUUACUGAAAAAGCAUGACGCUUUCGAAACUGACUUUGCAGUUCACCGUGAACGCUGCAAGGACAUUUGUGAAGCCGGAGAAGCUUUAAUCAAAGCUGGAAAUCAUCGUGCAGAUGCUAUAGGACAAAGAUGUGCCCAGCUUCGUAACAAAUUGGAACAACUUGGUGCGCUUGCAGCCAGAAGAAAGACUCGACUGAACGACAAUUCGGCUUAUUUACAGUUUAUGUGGAAAGCAGAUGUAGUUGAAUCCUGGAUUGCUGACAAGGAAACUCACGUACGUUCAGAAGAAUUUGGACGAGACUUGUCUACUGUACAGACACUAUUGACUAAACAAGAAACAUUUGAUGCAGGAUUGCAUGCCUUUGAACACGAAGGAAUUCAGAAUAUCACUUCGUUGAAGGAAAUGUUAGUCGAUUCUGGACACGAUCAGACACCUAGCAUUCAAAAACGUCAUGCAGAUGUUAUUGCUCGCUGGCAGAAGCUUUUAGCUGAUUCUGACGCAAGAAAACAACGUUUGUUAAGAAUGCAAGAUCAAUUCAGACAAAUUGAAGAAUUGUAUUUGACAUUUGCUAAGAAAGCAUCUGCUUUCAACUCAUGGUUUGAGAACGCAGAAGAAGAUUUGACCGAUCCUGUACGAUGUAAUAGCAUUGAAGAAAUUCGGGCUCUUAGAGAAGCUCAUGCACAAUUCCAGGCAAGUUUAUCCUCGGCAGAAGCAGACUUCGAAGCUCUGGCUGCCCUUGACAAACAAAUCAAGAGUUUCAAUGUUGGUCCUAAUCCAUAUACGUGGUUCACAAUGGAAGCGUUAGAAGAUACUUGGCGUAAUUUACAAAAAAUAAUCAAAGAACGUGAUGUGGAACUUACAAAAGAGGCUCAACGACAAGAAGAAAACGAUAAGUUGCGUAAAGAUUUUGCUAAACAUGCUAAUGCGUUUCACCAGUGGUUAGCAGAGACAAGAACAUCCAUGAUGGAAGGAUCAGGAUCAUUGGAACAACAAUUGGAAGCAACGAAAAGGAAAACGCAAGAAGUUCGAGCACGUCGUCAAGACUUAAAGAAAAUUGAAGACUUAGGAGCAAUUUUGGAAGAACAUUUAAUCUUGGAUAAUCGUUACACGGAACACAGUACCGUGGGUCUGGCACAACAAUGGGAUCAAUUAGAUCAAUUAGGAAUGCGUAUGCAACACAAUCUGGAACAACAGAUACAGGCACGUAAUCAAUCGGGUGUUUCUGAAGAUGCCCUGAAAGAAUUCUCAAUGAUGUUCAAACACUUCGACAAGGACAAGAGUGGUCGUCUGAAUCAUCAAGAAUUUAAGUCAUGUUUGAGGGCGCUUGGUUAUGAUUUGCCAAUGGUAGAAGAAGGUCAACCUGAUCCUGAAUUUGAAAAUAUUCUCGAUAUAGUUGAUCCAAACAGAGAUGGUUAUGUAUCGUUACAAGAAUACAUGGCGUUUAUGAUUAGUAAAGAAACCGAGAAUGUACAAAGCUCUGAAGAAAUAGAGAAUGCUUUCCGUGCUAUCACUGCUGCAGAUCGGCCAUAUGUUACGAAAGAAGAAUUAUAUGCUAAUCUUACCAAGGAGAUGGCUGAUUAUUGCGUUGCUCGCAUGAAACCUUAUGUCGAUCCAAAAACAGAGCGACCAAUCACAGGAGCAUUGGAUUAUAUUGAAUUUACUCGCACUCUUUUCCAAAAUUAAUUGUAGUUACAUAAAUUAUUUCUUUUUUAUUAUGACAGUUAUUAAAUUAUAGAAUAUGUUACAAUUGAAAUACUGGAUGCUUACUUAUUUUAUUAAACACCUUGAUACUUCAAUACCAUAUAUGUAAACAAUUAUUUAUCUUGACUUUAUUUAUAGCGCAUUUUA